AUGAGUUCCGGAACAGUUGACAUUACAAUACAGCUGAACAAUACAAAUGGAUACAAGUAUAGACCAUUAGAUGUUAUUCGUGGUAGAGUUUCCUUGAAAGUUCACAAAGAAAUUAGUGUUAAAGAAGUCACAGUUAAAUUUUCUGGUGUUUCUAGGUCAGAAGUUCAAGUAAACGAAAGCAGACUAACUGCAAAUGAGCUUCAGUUUCAAGCCAGAAAGGCCAUCAAAACCGAAGCUCAUAUAGUUGCUUAUGAUGAGGUCGUCAUUUUCCCACCUCCGAAUGUUAGAAAGGUUAGUAGUAAUAAAGAGUUUACAUUAACACCAGGUGAUUAUGUUUAUGAUUUUGCUUUCAAGAUUCCUUUGAGAAACAUAUGCUACCUUACAAAGACUGGGGAUCGUGCAACGGUUCAUGGUCAUAAAAAGCUGCCUCCUUCAAUGGAUAUCGAUGGUAUUGGUAAUAUUAAGUAUCAAAUCCGAGUUAUAGUCGACAGAGCUUCAUGGUCCAAGCCAAACCCUCAAGAAUCCAAAAGUCUUCUAGUAACCACUUUUGAUCCAUUAAUUGAAGAUAUCAUUUCAAAUACAAAACUUGUUUUUUUGAAAAAUUCUAUAGAGUUCUCAGAUAAAGUUACAGAAUCUUACGAAGUACCAGUAAGAGAAUCAUCUAGUAAAAAGCCAUCCCAGUUUAUCAAAUCAUUAUUUGGAAACAAAAGACCAGCACGUUCAAGUCUCGCUCGAGAGUACAAUGUACCUUUUGGUUUUGAAGCUAGAAUAUGUUCAAGCCCAUUUUUAAGAAUUGGUAAAUUAGUACCACAGUUAAUGAUAUUUCUUACAUCUAAACAUGGACCUGAGAGGUAUAGAGGAGUUGAUAAUCAAACAUCUGGAUUGGGUCAGCUCAUACUGGACGAUUUUGGAAUACAUUUGACUGUUACGUAUAACCUCAUCGCUGAAGGUCGUACAAUACAGGAGGCGAGGAGAUACAAAUUAGUCUAUAAGAAAGACUUAUCAUUAGUGCUAGAUUUGGCAAAUUUGGAACCAAACCCAUUGUUUGGAACUACAGCAAACUCAAAUCCUUUUCAAUUAGGGAUUCCAACGUUCAUUUAUGAAAAUGCAGUUGUGCCUGAUGUUAUAAAUCCAACAUUUGAUACAUGUAACAUAAAAGUAGACUAUAACUUGAACAUAUGGGCUAAAUUUAGAGAAGAAAAGAAAAGUUGGCACAGUGGGAGAGUUGGAUUUUUGACAGUACCAGUCACUGUAUUAGCUGGUAUCCCAUCUCCACAAGAAUAUAUUCAAAUGAUGAAAAUACCUCAUCAUUUGGCACAACAGGUGUUGGAAACUUAUCCACCAGAAGCUUUUAGACAACCAGAUGAUUUCACUCCAUUAUAUGAUGAUACUACAGCUGCUCCUAUUAGCCUGAAUGUCGAGGAGUCAGAGCCAGCUAAACAGGAUGAGAAACAAAAUCAUAGUACAGAAGAUGAAAUAUAUUCUUCAACUUGUGAACAAUCUGAAGAAAUCCUACCAAUUUAUGAAUCAGCAACCAAAGAGCAGCGAGAAUAA